UGUGUGGCGGGGGAGGGGGCGUUCCUCCUUACACUUGCGGAGGAUGGGAAGGGUGUUUGGUGUUGCUAAGCAAAGACUGCGACUUGGACAGUGGGAGAUUGUGGUGACAUCUUGAUUAGGCCUUGGGGACAGAUGUAGAGCUGCCCUGGGUGAAAUGCCGAGACAGGCCUGGGUGGGAAUGGGUAAUAGAAUCUAGGUAAAGAGGAGCCUUGGCAGCAGAAGCCUCAGCCUCGAACAGAGAGAUCCGAGGGCCCUCAGCCUCUUCCCCACAAUAGAGCUGGGGAUGGGCGUCUUUCUUUGCUCCUGUACCCACUGUUCCCUGCUAGCAGGCUAGCAUCCUGCCACCCUGGAGCCCAUGGUCAAGACAGGGAAAGCAGUUAGGAUAAGAUUCCUUGCUGAUAAGUGUGGAGGUUCUUAGACCUCAUGGCUGUUCCCUAGAGGCAACCACUCUUUGAAGGGAUCGAGGAAGGGCAGCAGGAGUGGAGGGCUUGUCUCCUUCAGCAUGUGAAACACAUUUAGCUGGUGGGACCUUGCCCCAUUUCCUCUCUCUCCCUCCUGUUUUUCUGCCCCAUACCCGCCUCCUUGUUCCUCUGAUGUCAACCUCAUGAUUUGGCUUUGCCCUCUGGGGGUUCAGCCAAUCUAUGAUGACUUUGACCAAGAAAAUUUAUCUGAGACCUGAGAGUGGCCUUAAUUCUUGGCUUUGACAGUCUGGGGUUUCUUGGGAGUCCCAGGCAUUUGAAGUUCCCUCACUGGGGUUUCUGGGACUGACAGAGGAACUGCUGAACUUCCUAAAUCUGACUCUAGUCCCCUUCACCCUCCGGCUAGAACUCAAAAUCCCAGGGUCCCCAUAAAGACUUUCUGACCCCUAAAACAGAUUCAUUUUUAUGUAUUAGUGCCACAAAAGUAGACUUGAACCUGUUUUCCCUCUUACCUUUAUCCUAGGGAGGGCAAUGGCAUCUAAGACCCACUCAGACUAACGGUGUGACUGUGGAGGCACCUACUCUUCCUCCUGUUCCCAGGCCUUAAUAAGGAAGGGACAAAGGAUAUUUUCCUCUUAAUGUCCCUAAAUAUUCCUUUAAGCAUAUUUUCCCCAUAUAUCAAGCCCAGUAGGCUGGGACUAGAGAUGGAUUUCCAGCAAGUUCACUCAUUGUUUUAGGGUCCAGGGCUCAGUACCAGGGCCCAGAGCUCAGUUCUUCCCCCAUUACAAAUAUCAAGUGAUUUAGGGCAAGUUAGCACUAAUGUCUGAAAAGGAACAAGGAGACACUCCUUUUAGCCCUUUUAACCAUAGUAAACCCCACACUGUGUUAAAGGACGUAUUGUAAAACUGGGUCUGAGUCUACACAUCUCAACCCACAACUCCUGAGAUGCUCACUUUGAUGAUAUGCGUGUGGUUCUGACUUGGGCAACUUUUCUAGAUAACCAUGGUUCAUCUAAAGAGCCCCAGCUGGGAAAACUGAAAAUGCCAUAAGGCAUUUUCUAUAGAUAGUGAACAAAUUUUCCUCAGGCUUUGAUGGGAUAGAAUGGGGGAAAUGGGACUUUUAGAAGAGGAUAUGAAUGGGAAAUGGUCCCAAAGUCCUGAGUGGUUGUUUUCUUCCCACUGACCAAGCUGGAGAGGGAUCCCUCAGGAGGGUGUGUUCCGGAUUUCUUGCCUCAGGCCCAAGACUCCAACCAUUUUAUAAUGGAAUCUUUAUUUUGUGAAAGUAGCGGGGACUCAUCUCUGGAGAAGGAGUUCCUUGGGGCCCCAGUGGGGCCCUCGGUGAGCACCCCCAACAGCCAGCACUCUUCUCCCAGCCGCUCACUCAGUGCCAACUCCAUCAAGGUGGAGAUGUACAGCGAUGAGGAGUCGAGCAGACUGCUGGGGCCAGAUGAGCGGCUCCUAGAAAAGGACGACAGUGUGAUCGUGGAAGACUCGUUGUCAGAGCCCCUGGGCUACUGUGAUGGAAGUGGGCCAGAGCCUCACUCCCCCGGGGGCAUCCGGCUGCCCAAUGGCAAGCUCAAAUGUGAUGUCUGCGGCAUGGUCUGUAUCGGACCCAAUGUGCUCAUGGUGCAUAAGCGCAGCCACACGGGUGAAAGGCCCUUCCACUGCAACCAGUGUGGCGCCUCCUUCACCCAGAAGGGGAACCUGCUGCGCCACAUCAAACUUCACUCUGGGGAGAAGCCUUUCAAAUGUCCCUUCUGUAACUACGCCUGCCGCCGGCGCGAUGCUCUCACUGGCCACCUCCGCACACACUCGGUCUCCUCUCCCACGGUAGGCAAGCCCUACAAGUGUAACUACUGUGGCCGGAGCUACAAACAGCAGAGUACCCUGGAGGAGCACAAAGAGCGGUGCCACAACUACCUACAGAGUCUCAGCACUGAAGCCCAAGCUCUGGCUGGCCAAGCAGGUGAUGAGAUACGUGACCUGGAGAUGGUGCCAGACUCCAUGUUGCACUCAUCCUCUGAGCGGCCAACCUUCAUUGAUCGGCUGGCCAACAGCCUCACCAAACGCAAGCGUUCCACCCCCCAGAAGUUCGUAGGUGAAAAGCAGAUGCGUUUCAGCCUCUCAGACAUCCCCUAUGAUGUGAACUCGGGUGGCUAUGAGAAGGAUGUGGAGUUGGUAGCACAUCAUGGCCUGGAGCCUGGCUUUGGAGGUUCUCUGGCCUUUGUGGGGGCAGAGCAUCUGCGUCCCCUCCGCCUUCCACCUACCAAUUGCAUCUCAGAACUCACACCCGUCAUCAGCUCUGUCUACACCCAGAUGCAGCCCCUCCCCGGCCGACUGGAGCUUCCAGGGUCCCGAGAAGCAGGUGAGGGACCCGAGGACCUGGCCGAUGGAGGUCCCCUCCUCUACCGGGCCCGAGGCCCCCUGACCGACCCUGGGGCAUCCCCCAGCAAUGGCUGCCAAGACUCCACAGAUACAGAGAGCAACCACGAAGAUCGGGUUGGGGGGGUGGUAUCCCUCCCUCAGGGUCCCCCACCCCAGCCACCUCCCACCAUUGUGGUGGGCCGGCCCAGUCCUGCCUACGCCAAAGAGGACCCCAAGCCGCAGGAGGGGUUACUACGGGGCACCCCAGGCCCCUCCAAGGAAGUGCUCCGGGUGGUGGGCGAGAGUGGUGAGCCCGUGAAAGCCUUCAAGUGUGAGCACUGCCGAAUCCUUUUUCUGGACCAUGUCAUGUUCACCAUCCACAUGGGCUGCCAUGGCUUCAGAGACCCUUUCGAGUGUAACAUCUGUGGUUACCACAGCCAGGACCGGUACGAAUUCUCUUCUCACAUUGUCCGGGGGGAGCACAAGGUGGGCUAGCCACCUGCUGCCCUCCCCUCAGUCCGCCACUCCACUGCCCUGCCUACACGAGUCUAGCUCUGUCCCCACUACAUCCCAAGGAGUUUUGCUCGGUAGCCCCCACCACUGGCUACCUGACUUCAUACUUGACCCUGACCCCUCUUCACCUAUUCUCCUCUACCCUGACUGAUUUAAGCAUUGUGAUGAAACAGGCUUUUUUGCUUACAUUUCUCCUUUUCCUCUUCUCCUCUCAUCCCAGCAUAUUCAGAGUUAUUUAUUAAUACAAUUUGUGGAUGUUUCUUUUGCUUUUUUCUCUUAACUUGUAUCAGUCGCUUGCCACUUCCCCCACCCUCCUGCCCACAGUCCCUUUCCACUUUAGACCUCAUUUUUUUUUCUUUGAUCCAGCUUUCUCUAACAGCCCUAGGGGUAGGAAGCUCCUCUUAGUCCUAAGAGUUCUGAGCUUCUUGUGUUAAUUCCUCACCUUUUGCUUUAUCUGAUUCUUCAGUUUUGAUGCUGAUAGCUCCCUCUGGCCCUCCGUUUGCUCUGUGGCAUUAUAUCUCCUCUCUGGGACCCUCCAACCUGGUACUCCAUACCUCUUGUGCCCUCUCACUUUAGGCAGCUUGCACUAUGCUUGAAAAAAUGAAGCUUUCCUCAUUUGGAAGUAGGAGGGGCUGAAGAAAUUCUCCCCAGGCACUGUGGGACUGAGGGUCCUCUUGAUGUUCCCCUAGUAACGUGAGUUCCCCAAAGCCCACAUUCGGGAAUCUCCCUCUGGGAUGUGAUCUAUCUCUUCUCUCCUCAAACAACCCCCAACACAGCUACUCUCUUCAACCUCCUCGUCUACUCAGUGGUGGUUUUUCUCUCCUUGGAGUGCCCCAAUUUUAUAUUCUCAGGGGCCAAGGCUAGGUCUGCAAUCCUGUCUCUGACACGUUGGGAGCCACAGGUGCCUAAUUGGGAACCAGGGCAUGGGAAGGGGGUGGUUUAAAAUUCUUCUCUUUCUCUUCCACCUCUAAACUUCUUCACUCUAGUGACCUUCCUAGGCUCUCAGGGGCUCCUACAGUCCUUGUCCUAUGAGAAACUAGUGGGUUGCUGCCUGAUGACAAGGGGCAUCUCAACCCCUCAGUCAUGCUGCCUUCUUCUUCUCCCCGCAACCCCCUGCAAGAUUCACCCUCAUUCCCAGGCUUCUGGGCCCUGUUCUUAAGAUCAGUGGCAGGGAGAAAAGGGUGUCUCUUUUCUCUCUUCUAAUUUUCAGUAUAACCAAAAAAUUAUCCCAGGAUGAGGAAGGGCAUUUGCCCCUCACCUUAUUCCAUUCUUGUCCCGGCAAGAAUGGGAUGGGCACAACUGAACUGGGGGUCAUCCUUUACUGCCCCCUUCUAUACUCAGUUCCCAGAUGUAGGGCAGGAGGGGGCACUCUCCUCCUGGCUACAGCAGAGACCCCCUGGCUUUUUGGGUAACCUAGUUAGUGAGAAGGGGGCAGGAGGAGAUAGCUCUACUGCAAGUGGAGGUCUCUUUCUACAAGCGUUUUCUGCCCCCAGGCCACAGCUAUCCCAUUCUCUGCUUCCUUGAGAUUCAAACCAAAGGCUGUUUUUCUAUAUUUAAAGAAAAAAAGAAAAAAAAGAAAGUAAAAACCAAACACAACACCUCACAAGUUGUAACGCUUGGUCCUCUCUCUCUCUCCUUUUCUCUUCCCUUCCAUCUUUCUUUCCAUAUGUCCUUUCCUUAUUGGCUCUUUUGCCUCCUACUUUUCUCACUCCCUAUCAGGGAUAAUUUAGGGGGAUGGUGAAGGGUUGGCUAAGGAACAGACCCUGGGAUUGGGGCUCCAAAGGGCUCUAAGAAGAGUCUACCUUACCCUCUUAUGGGAAGGGAGACCCUAGAAAAACUUCUCCUCUUUUUCCUCCUUUUUCUCCCCCAUUAUGUAGUCUCCCUGAGAGAACCAGAUUGUCAGGAAGGGGCAUUGUGGGUUGAUUGUUCCUCCCAAUGUAGCAAUAAACAGAUGCUGCCAAGGGCAGAGGAUGGGGGAGUUAACUGGAAGGAGAGUGGUCUCUAGAUAAGGGGAGAGUCUUCUCAACAGCACCCUAGGGAACUGGCUCCUUGUUUCAGGAUGGCAGCAGAGCUGAGAUUAAUAUCUAGGGUUCUCCUCAACUGUUCUGGUUAUUGAGCCCCUUCCUGUUAAACUUACCCCUCACCACCUCUUCUGCGUCUGCUGUGUACUUGGUGACACCUCAUAAGGACUAGUCCCUUCUGAGGUAUCAGAGCCUUAGGGUGCCCCAAUCCCCUCCCCCAGUCAGCUCUGGCACCUGUAACCUCCUGGAACAUGAAGGACUAUGCUCUGAGGCUAUACUCUGAGCCCAUGAGAGCAGAGACUGGAAGGGCAAGACCAGGUGCUAAGGAGGGGAGAGAAGGGCACUCUGUCUCUCUCCAGACCAUCACUGCACUUUAACCAGGGUCUUAGGUACAAAAUCCUACUUUCCAGAGCCUUCCAACUCUGGAACCUCAAACAUCCUCAUGCUCUCUCCCAGCUCCUUUUGCAUAAAAAAAAAAAGUAAAGAAAAAGAAAAAAAAAAA